GAGAGCUGCAUUCCAGUGUUUCACAGAUGAUGUGAGGGUGGCAGAGAUGCAGGGCGCCCACCGGAAACACAGCCGGCACUCUGUGAAAGGGGAAAGGGCACCAGGAGCGCGGGUGAGCGAGGUUGGAGGUGAUUCUGCCCCUCUCCCCAGGCUUUCUGGAAGAGUUAAUGUGUGGAAUUAAGUGCAGAACCCAUGGCCCUCUGAGGUGACGGUGAUGGUUCAGGUUGUGUUUCUGGGUUCAUUCUGGCAGCUCCUCCAAGGAAAGGAGGAAGGAAACUGGCAGCAUGGGGCUUUGCCAUCGCCCUGGCUGGCUCUGGUUUCCUUGCCUGAUACAUUGAAGUCAGCUCCCAAAGAAUGCCACCCAAGGGUUUGAAGGGGCACAGUGCCUUUGUCCUCACAAAACCAGGCCAGAUAUGAGUUUGCUGAAUUCAUUUAGGUCCUGCUGAAUCUUUCCCAUUUGUUCCUUCUCCAUUUCAAUAUUUCAAUACUUCCCUAGAGGGGCCCAACCUUCCUGGAGAGCAAAGAUCUGUUGUUAGAGAAAGAAAGCAGCCAGAGGAGGAAGAGGACUUCAGGGUAGGCAGCAGUUGGGCAAUGAGUAUUGAAAGGUUGCUUUCAGCCUGCCAAGACUUGGAGAAUUAGAAAAGCAAGACAAAACAAGCAAAUACACAAACUAUAUAUACAAAACAAUUUUUUUUUAAAUUUUUAUGUUCUAUAUUACUAUUAUUAGCUAUAUAUUACUGAAUGUUCCUUUAAAGCAGUAUAGUCAUUAUUGCUAUUAUUAUUGUUAUUAUUAUGGUUGGUUAUAUACAAUGGAAUAUUGUUAUUUAUCUAUAUGAUUACUAGCACUAUUAUUAUUAUUUACAUGUUAUUGAAAGCCUCAAAGCAGCAUACGCUUUUUAUAAAUAUUUUUGCUCAUGUUUAUGACAAUUCUCCAGUGUUGGUAUUGCUCCUCUAUUUAACAGAUUAGAAAACUGAAGCUCCAAGAACAGGCUUGCCUAAUAACAGGGAACUUGUACACCUCGAAGUGGCAAUUCACACAGAAGGCUCCGUGACUCCCGAACUCUCACAGUUAUGAAGUGGUCUUUUUCAUGGUUUUUCUGAAGUUACUAGAAGUUUACAGAAAAGGAAGUGCAGGCACAUUUCACAAAUCUACAGUCUUUGGCAACACCAUCAUGACAUCACAACCUGUUCCCAAUGAGACCAUGAUAGUGCUCCCAUCAAAUGUCAUCAACUUCUCCCAAGCAGAGAAACCCGAACCCACCAACCAGGGGCAGGGUAGCCUGAAGAAACGUCUACAGGCAGAAGUCAAAGUUAUUGGGACUAUCCAGAUCUUGUGUGGUGUGAUGCUGUUGAGCUUGGGAAUCAUGUUGGUAUCUGCUUCCUUCUCUCCAAAUUUUACCCAAGUGACUUCUACACUGUUGAACUCUGCUUACCCAUUCAUAGGACCCUUUUUUUUUAUCAUUUCUGGCUCUCUAUCAAUUGCCACAGAGAAAAGGUUAACCAAGUUUUUGGUGCAUAGCAGCCUGGUUGGAAGCAUUCUGAGUGCUCUGUCUGCCCUAGUGGGUUUCAUUAUCCUGUCUGUCGAACUGGCUGCCUUAAAUCCUGCUUCCCUGCAGUGUGAGUUGGACAAAAAUAAUAUACCAACCAGAAGUUAUGUUUCUUACUAUUAUCAUGAUCCACUUUAUACCAUGGACUGCUAUACAGUCAAAGCCAGUCUGGCUGGAACUCUGUCUCUGAUGCUAAUUUGCACUCUGCUGGAAUUCUGCCUAGCUGUGCUCACUGCUGUGCUGUGGUGGAAACAGGCUUACUCUGACUUCCCUGGGAGUGUGCUUUUCCUGCCUCACAGUUACAUCGAUAAUUCUGGUAUGUCCUCAAAGAUGACUCAUGGCCCUGGAUAUGAAGAACUAUUGACUUCUUAGGAAAAAAGGGAGAAAUAUUAAUCAGAAAGUUGAUUCUUAUGAUAAUACGGAAAAGUUAACCGUUAUAAAAAAGCAAAGCUUGAGUUUCCUAAAUGUAAGCUUUUAAAGUAAUGAACAUUAAAACCAAACAUUAUUUCACUGUCAUUUAAGAUAUGUGUUCAUUGGGGAAUCUCUUGAUUUGCCUGACAUUGACUUCAGCAAAAGCAAAGAGCUGUAAAUUACCAUUUACUAGACUAGCCAAAUAGUCUGAAUUUCCAGAAAACUAGGCAGAAUGAUCAUUCCCAGAAACAUUUCCCAGAAAAUGUUUCCCAGAAAACUAGGCAGAAUGAUCAUUUAAUGGAUCACAGUGAAGCAAAGGGCACAAUCUUUUAUUGUACCCCUUAAUUGUCAACAGUCAACAGGAGUUAACUGACUUCUUGUGGUGCUCAGACUCUUUUAUACUGGUGCCAAUGUUUUAUCCCAUGGAUUUUACUCAUUAGUGUGUAAAGGCAAGCCCCAUACGAUGAAGUCUCAGGGUCCAUGAAAGUAGCUGGCUUCAAAAUAAAAUCUUUGAGUGCA